UAGCCUGAGGUCAGUAUGAAAAUACACAACCUGAUGAUAAAGUUCAGAUCUCUCUACAAAGCUGCCCAGACGACUGAGAACUUGGACGUGUGGCUUAAACGCGUUUUAGUUUGAGCGUGUACUGCAGUGCGUUUGUCAUCAGUGAGUGUAUGAUUACUGAGUUAUAAAAGGAACGAAGCUGCAGAAGAAGAAGUGAGAACUGAAGGAGACAUGUUUUUACUGCAAUAAACCGAGUAUGUCUCUUAGUGAUCCCCCGUAUGAACCUCCCUCCGUCUCUGAACUACAGGAGUUCUUGCUGGCAGACAGACGCCCAACUGGUCACGUCAAUCAAGUCUGGCCAAAUGUUUACAUAGGCAACGAGGCGGCAGCACGUGACAAAGGAGCUCUUCAUAGUCUGGGUAUUACGCACAUCGUAAAUGCCGCUCAUGGGCCCCCAGCCCCCGGCAAUGGUCCCUGCUUUUAUGUCAACACUGGCCCACGCUUCUACAGAGACAUGAACGUGGAUUAUUAUGGGGUGGAGGCUGAUGACGCAACAAACUUCAUCCUCAGUCCUUACUUCUAUCCAACAGCGCGAUACAUCAGAGCUGCGCUGGCAAUGGGAGGAAGGGUGUUUGUACACUGUCUGAUGGGAGUGAGUCGUUCUGCAACGCUAGUGUUGGCCUUCCUGAUGAUCACUGAGGGCCUGCGGCUGCAGGAGGCUGUGGCCGCUGUAAGGCCACACAGAGACAUCUGCCCCAACCCAGGCUUCCUGCUGCAGCUGCGUUGCCUUGACAUGAGCCUAGAGAGGGAGAGGAGAAGAAAAAGACAGGCCCAGGCAUUAGGUCAUUUAGCCGAGCAGGGAGAAACACCAUCCCUGACAGAGCUGAGGGAAAUUCUCUGGACCAACAGGAAGCUUGUGGGCUCUGUCAAUGAAGUGUGGCCAAAACUCUACAUUGGAGAUGAGUCUGUUGCUCGAGAUAAAACCAGACUGUCGUCUCUGGGUGUUACUCAUGUGCUGAACGCUGCAGCAGGUCAACAUCGGAUCAACACCGGUCAGACGUUUUACACUGAUAUUGAAGUCGUGUACCAUGGCGUUGAGGCUGCAGACCAUCCAGAGUUCAAUCUCCAGCCAUUUUUCAACUCUGCUGCACAGUUCAUAGACAGCGCCCUGAAGGAAAAUGGUCAGUGAGACAAUCCAUCACAAUCCAUUCAAAUAGCUGGACAUUUGUAAUAAAAA